UCGGUACUCUGUAGUACUUCGUUUGUCGUAACAAUGUCGGGAAAAUAUAAUCAUUUUAUUCUAUAUAAUAUUCAGUUUAUUUUAAUUGUUAUAGUGAUUAAAGCCCAAUUUUCACGAGUACAAGCGAUAAGGCUGCCGAUGUUUUCGGAAAAUGAGCCCGUUGUCCUUUUGUCCUGGGAAGACUAUAAUUCUCCAGUAGCGGCCCCGGCGAUACCUGAUGCUUGCAAUAAAUCUAUCAUAUGUGAUAACGUGAAAAACUAUCCAACGAAACUCGUGGAGAUCAUAAUGGAUAAGCUCCGUUUGAAAAACGUCACAAGUUUCACCAAUGAUCAAUUGUAUGAGAACGAAUAUUCUAAUCAUCUCGGAGAGGUUGAACAUUUGUGCGAGACUCAGAGAGAAAGGAUUAUAUUCCCACUAGCUGUAAAAGACCGCUUCAGAAAAUGGCAGUUCGUUUUGAAUAUGCAGGGACACCGAUUCCAAAGCUUUCGAGUCCAUGAGUGUCUGGACAUUCCACAAGCGUCUUGUUCCAAAGCUGCCUACAUUAAAAACACCGACUUCAGUUUAGCAUGUGAGCAACAAUUUACAAAAAGAGAAAUGGUAUAUCUAAAUCUAGACAGCAAAAAGGUUCAAACAGGGUACUUUUCUGUGCCCAGCUGUUGUAAAUGCCAUCUAGAACCCAGGGACAGUUUUGAAACGAACGGUGUAUGAUCUUAUCGCUAGAAAUUUAUUUAUUACGAAAAACUCCAAGAAGAAAUAGGUAAUUACUUCGUAAAUUGUUGAGUUAGAAAAAAGUAUUAUUUAGGCGACCUAAUUAUUAUUAUUGUUCUAUUUCAUCAUUAGGAUCUAGGUGUUUUCAGGAAAAUUACUAAUAGUAAUGAAAGAGGAAGAAAAAGAGAGUUGAAAGAUUAAG